GGGGUUUCCGCACAGGGUUUUUCUGGAUGCUGCAGGAUUAGGGAGGGUUGAACGGUGUAACAGCCCGCCCUAUAUAAAACAACUAACUGUUAAGUCUGUUGUGACUAUUUAACACACGUAGGUAAAUUAAUUGUAUUUUCCAAAUAGGACAACUGUGAAACUAGACAUUGUUAUAGUUAAAUUAAUCUUUUGAAAUGGAGCGCUGGAAAGGCAGAGUAGCUCUCGUGACUGGAGCCUCGGUUGGGAUUGGAGCUGCUGUUGCACGGGCACUUGUCCAACACGGCAUGAAGGUUGUCGGAUGUGCUAGGAAUGUUGACAAGAUAGAGAAGCUGGCAGCAGAGUGUCAGAGCGCGGGCUACAGUGGCACUCUGAUACCCUAUAAGUGUGACUUGUCCUGCGAGGAGGAAAUCCUGUCCAUGUUCUCUGCUAUCAAGACACUGCACCAGGGGGUGGAUGUGUGUAUCAACAAUGCAGGCCUGGCACGCAAUGAACCCCUGCUCAGCGGCAGGACAGAGGGCUGGAGGAACAUGAUCGACGUGAAUGUCCUGGCCCUGUCCAUUUGUACCCGUGAGGCGUACCAGUCAAUGAAGGAGCGGAAUGUGGACGAUGGCCACAUCAUCAACAUUAAUAGUAUGGGGGGACACAGAAUGGUGUCUAGUGCAGAUGAACACUUCUACUGUGCCACAAAAUUUGCCGUAACUGCUCUAACUGAGGGGCUACGGCAGGAGCUGCGGGAAGCAAAGACCCACAUCAGAGCCACAUGUAUAUCCCCCGGUAUAGUGGAGACUGAGUUUGCCUUCCGGCACCACAACAGUGAUCCAGAGAAAGCGGCUGCUGUGUAUGAGAGUAUAAAAUGUUUGAAAGCACAAGACAUAGCCAGUGCAGUCACAUAUGUUCUGGGUGCCCCGCUUCAUGUCCAGAUUGGCGAUGUGCAGAUGAGACCGGUGGAACAAGUGUCAUAACAAUGGAGCCGGAGAAAGCAGCUGGAGGAACGCAGGAAGAAUUAGAAAGCAAGCACGAUGGUGACAUCUCCACUGUGCCCUCUGCUGGGCAACGGCAGGAAAUAAAAGUACAGUUUGACUUGAUUUGAAUAAGGACAGGUUUGAGGACGGAUGUGUGACCUGGAGAUGCUGCUGAGGAGAGUGUGGGCCGGUACUCCUAAGUACUACUGAAUUACUCUGAGCACCGCAGCAACAUAGUCUUUGAUGUAUUGCUCUGACAGCCUUGUUUUAAAACAAAGCCACUUCAAACGUAUGUGAGAAGAGUGUUGUUGCUCCUGUGCUUUUGUAGUCAUCUUUUCUACAUGAUUAUCCAGACAGACAGAGUCCAACCAACAGACAGACACAGGGAAGAGUAUGCCAUCAGUUGUACAUGAAAAUUUCUAUUUUACUCCAUGUUUUGUAGGUCAUAUGGCAUAUCUGUUUUAAAAAAUGGAAGAAAGCACUGCUUUUAUUUUGUAAAAGUUUUAAUACAAACAUAUUAACAUUGAUUAUCGGUAGAUGUGGCCCAUAUACUGUGCCCCUGAACUAUAGAUGCUCAAUCCAUUUCCAAUAUCUUUACGUCUGUAUUUAAUAACAAGUACAUUUUGUUAGCCUGGUAUGAAUCAAAUAUGUCUGGUUGUAAGUUUUACAAAAUCCUUGUCAACCAUCACCAAUCAGCAGUUGAGUAUAAGAGAGUCUAGAACAAUAUUGCAGCCCCAUGACUUUGGAGCAACUAUAUUUCCCCCUGCAUCACUCGUGAUUUAAAUUGUUCAUUUGGAGGAGUAUAAUGAAAACACUGUCAUCUUGUCUAAAGAAAACAAAGUCAAAAGAGUGCACUUGUAUACUUUCCCCAAGUGUGUAUAAUACAGAACAUAUUUCUCAAUAAAAUUAAAUAAGAAUUG